AUGCCGUCGAUUCUCUCCGACGAGGACAAGCAGACGGUGAAGCGCACCGUGCCCAAGUCGGCGAACAAGAUCCACGCCGUCGCCGUUGCGAAGCUGUACAUUGCCUAUCCCGACAGGCACCGAUGGACGUACACGGGGCUGCAGGGCGCCGCAGUGCUGGCCAAUGACUUGGUCGGCAACACCUUUUGGCUGAAGAUGGUCGACAUAUCGCGAGGUGCGAGGAGGAAGACUGACGACAUGCAGGCUGCCAAUCGCGGCGUGAUAUGGGACCAGGAGAUUUACGACACCUUUUCAUACAACCAGGACCGCGUCUUUUUCCACACGUUUGAGCUCGAGGACUGCUUGGCGGCACUGUCGUUUGCCGACGAGAAGGAGGCCAAGACGUUCAAGAAGAAGCUCGACGACCGCGAGAAGAAUGCGCACAAGAACACCAAGAACAAGCCCUUUGGUGCAGCCGCUGGCACCAGCAGAGGGCCUGCCACCAACGGCAAGAGCUCUGGACACGGGCUUUUGGGAGGCCUCUUUGGCCACCGUAACUCGUCGGCCUCUGCGCAGCCGCCUGCGCACUCGAUAAUACCCCCGUCGUCGAACAUCACAUCGCCGUCGCAAAGCACCUUUUCGCCCGCGCCGAGCUCUAGAAGCUCUGCAAUCGACACGACCGACCCCUCAUGGCAGCCGCUGCUAAAGGAAUUGUUGGCCAUGGGUAUUACCGAAGACCAGAUUGAGGAAAAUGCCGACUUUAUCAAGCUGUACAUUGAGCAGAGGAAGACGGAGGAGAGUCUCAAGGCGGAACAAAACGAGAAGAGAUCACGGGCGCCACCACCACCUCCGCCGAGUGCCCCACACGACUGCUUCCAAACGAGGGCCGCCGCCUGCACCGCCGCCAGCCCGACGGACAAAGACCGAGGCGCCUGGCAUCAACCGCAAUUCGUCUGCAAGCCCAGCACCGCCAUCUCCACCCCGAGAGCCGUCGCCGCCUCCUGGACCGCCAAAACCAGUCUUCAGAGCACCUCCGCCCAUUGCAGAAGCUGGCAAGUUUGCAAAUCUGCCACCAGCACCACCGAACAGAUCGCGAGCUUCUUCAAACGUCACAAAUCCAGGACCUCCACCUCCCCCACGACCGCCAAAGACACCCGCAAACGACGACGAGAAGCCAGCAGGGUCAAGAUUCGGAGCUCCACCGCCGCCUCCAAGUCGAGGACCCGUCCCCCCUCCUCCACCAGCGCGAGACACACCUUCAGCACCUCCGCCAUUACCACCAAAAACGUCGGCAGCGCCCAGCCCUCCGCCUCCGCCUCCGCCUCCACCUCCUCCAGCUCCCGUGCACGCCGCACCUCCUCCUUUGCCACCCUCGUCUUCUCGCCCCAUCCCGCCGCCUCCAUCAGGUGGAGCUCCUCCUCCACCACCCCUACCACCGACGUCCGCGAUCCCUCCGCCGCCCCCAAUGCCGAACAAAUCAGUACCGCCCCCACCACCAAUGCCCGGGAACGCAGUCCCUCCGCCUCCGCCAAUGCCAAACAGUGGUGCACCACCUCCUCCGCCCCCAAUGCCCCCGGGCUCUGGACCUCCUCCACCUCCCCCAAUGCCGCCGAGAGAUGCCGGCCCACCCCCGCCCCCAGGAGGCGCUCCUCCCCUACCGAAGCCGGCGGCUGGACGAGACGGCUUGCUUGCGGAUAUCCGUGGAGUCAAGCGGCAGUGCCCGGGUCAGAGCCUCCUGCUGGUGCCGCUGGUGGAAGUGGUCCUGCUACACCUGGAGGAGAGGCUGGUUUGGCUGGUGCGCUGGCGAGUGCGCUUGCUGCAAGAAAGGCGAAAGUUAGUCACAGUGAUGAUGAGUCGGAUAAGGAUGAUUGGUAG